AUGGGUCGUAAGGCUCGCAACAAGCAGGGCCCGCCCAACGCGGCCGACUUCCCUGCUCACCUACGCUCUAUAAUUCCUCGACCGGAGAAGGCAGCCAGUGCGGCUGCAGCUGCAUCCACAACAAGCACUUUUCUCUCUGGACCGAACGCUGUGAAGAAGCGCAAGCGUACUCAGGAGAUCGUCAAUCCCGGUCCGGGCAGAAGCGGACUCAAGAAAUCCAAGAGCAAUGGGAUUGUGCCGUCUGCAUCGAACAAGUCGAAAGGCAAGGCUCCUGCAGCGCGUGCAAGCAAAGACGAGCACAGUGACGACGAGGAUGACGCCAAGCUACAGGCAGCAAGAGAAGCCAUGUUCGACCCUGCAGAUCUCGUGCCUUCAACCUCGGCGGGCGCACUACCUUUACUCAGACGAGAUGAUGCCUCCGAUGUGUCUGACUCUGACUCUGACGGCGACGAGAACGACGAUAGUGAUAUGGAAGCAGAUCUCCUGGAGGACGAGUUUGGGGAUGUCGACGGCAUUGCGACAGACUCAGAUGCUGACAAUACCUCGCUCAACGGGCGCCUACCACGUACACCUCUACCGAGCAAAUCACCUUCUGCGCGUUCAAACGCUCCGCCGCCGUCGUCGGCUCUCGGACGGCAUCUAGGCUCAGAAGUAGAUCUGCUCGAGCACUCAUCGUCCGUGCUGGGCCAGCUUGAGGAGGCCUCUGAUGAGGACGAGGGUUUCGAGGGCAUCGGAGAGCUUGACGCUUCCGACGAGGACGAAGAGACGGACAAUGACGUAGAGGAAGACGGCAAUCAGACAUUUGUGUCCGCCAAGACUGCGUUGGCUAGCGGCGAUGAUGCACAGUCUGGUAUCACCUCGGAAGAGGACGACACUCUGACGAACGGUGCAGAAGACGGUGAUGAAGAGGUGGAGGAAGAAUCGGAUGAUGCAUUCAGAGAGGAGGCUGCAGGUGGAGAAGAAGGCGAAGAAGAAGAAGAAGAAGAAGAAGACGAUCUCGCGCUGCAUUUGGCUCUUGACGGCGCGACAGCGAAUAUACCGGAUGUACAAGCCGUGUCUGUCAGACUCCAGGCAGGCGCGAGGGCCUUGUCAAACUGGAAAGCGCUGGGCCCAAAGACUGGUAAGUCACGAGCAGACGUGUACGAUGCCUUUAUCAACGAUGUGUGUGCGUACUACGGCUACAACCGCUAUCUCGCAGAGAAGCUUGUAGAGCUCUUCCCGAUAGACGAGGCGAUCACAUUCUUAGAUGCCUCCGAUACGCCCCGUCCCAUCACGAUCAGAGCAAACACGCUCAAGACGAGACGGAGAGAGCUCGCACAGUCGCUGAUUAAUCGAGGCGUCAACCUCGAGCCGAUCGGCAAGUGGACAAAAGUCGGUCUGCAAGUCUUUGAGAGCCCUGUGCCUAUCGGCGCGACGCCAGAAUAUCUCGCAGGCCAUUAUAUACUCCAAGCAGCAUCUUCUUUCUUGCCUGUCAUGGCACUUGCUCCUCAGCCGAACGAGCGCGUGCUCGAUAUGUCGGCAGCGCCAGGAGGCAAGACGACCUUCCUAGCUGCCAUGCUGCAAAACACCGGCGUCGUCUUUGCAAAUGACUCGAACAAACACCGUACAAAGUCGCUGGCCGGCAACGUCGCUCGAAUGGGCUGUAAGAACGUCAUCAUUUGUAAUCACGACGGCAGGGAGUUCCCGAAGGUGAUGGGCGGAUUUGAUCGCGUGCUGCUCGACGCUCCGUGCUCUGGUACAGGCGUCAUCAGCAAGGAUCCCAGCGUCAAGGUCAACAAGUCUGCAAGAGACUUCAUCCUGCUCACUCAUCUCCAGAAACAGCUCAUCCUGUCUGCAAUCGAUUCUGUCUCGCCUCACUCGGCCACAGGGGGCUACAUUGUCUACUCGACCUGCUCCGUCACCGUCGACGAGAACGAGUCUGUCGUCGAUUACGCUCUGCGCAAACGAGCACACGUCAAGCUCGUCGAGACCGGGCUAGAAUUCGGCAAAGAAGGACACACGAGCUUCAAAGGCAAGCAUUUCGACAAUAGCUUAGCUUUGACGCGGCGCUUCUAUCCGCAUGUGCAGAAUAUGGACGGCUUCUUUGUUGCCAAGAUCAAGGUCGGCAAGCCAGCGAAACCUUCCAAGAAGCCAGCAGUGCGCGAGGAAGAUGACGGUGUCACGGACAUCGAGCUGUCCGAUGCCGAGGAUGGCGAUGUGACGUUCAAUGACGCAGAAGACGAGGAGCUGAUCGCAAAGACUCGUGAGCGGCUUGCCAAGAAGAAUCCCCGGAAGCCGAACGGCAAGGCUUGA